CCACCACCUCAACGACUGCACCCGUCCGGUCUUUCAUAUUAUCAGACAAUCGAGGAGCCGAUUAUCAAAGGUCGAUUAGGCCGCUGCGCCGUGGACCGGAUUAUGAUGGUUCAUCCAACAGUUACGGAAAGCAAAGAGUUCUUAUACGAGACAUGGCCUGUGGACAAAAGUUCCACGUGGAUCGAGUUAUACGGACUGCGAAAUAGAAAGAAGGCCUGGAGAGAUGUCGGACAAGCUAGGGGUGGGCUACAAAUAAAGGAGCUGGCAGCUCACUCAGAACGACAAAUGCUUUCUGCUGAUAAUGCUCACAAUCCUAAAGAAAGAAAGGUCGCCCCAAUUCAUUCCCUCUUUAUUAUUCUAUGGCUGGUUUUCCAUUCCACGUUGGCCAGACUCACCCUUCUCACUAUUAUGGGUAUACUAUGCACGCGAGUUGGCGAAAUAAUGCAAGACAAUGAGGUUAGCCCAAGUAUCCAAGUUGAGGAGGGGUUGAGAGCCGCGAAAAGGCCAAUAAGGGCAGUUGACAAGGAUAAAGGUGAUCAAUAUCAAGCCAUACCUGGAAAGACGACCAAUUCUAAGCAGAGCGUACCCUGUGUCGCGCAAGAGAAGGCUCACAAAGCUAAAAGAAAGGCUCAGGACACGCCGCAAGGGGAAGCCCGAAGGAAAACUAAACUGCAGAAGGCUCAGACUAAGCGCAACAGAAAAGCACAAAAGGAACUCCGGGCUAAAAGGCAAGAGAAAAAACAAAAGAAACUUGAAGGGGUAAGGAAGGCCAAGAUUGAGUUGCAAAGGAAAUCACGAAAGAAACGCAGAGCACAAACAAAAGCCCAAGCUAAGGCGCAAAGCAAAGCGAAAAAGUGACCUAACACAGGGGAAAAUAUUCCAUACUUGUUUUGGGUACCGGGCUUUUUUAAGUUUAAGCUACAUCUUCAUGUAUGAUUAAUGGCUUCUUCAUAUAUCAAUUCUAUGCGCGUAAACUAAUAGUGCUUGGAUGCAAUUUCACAAAUUAGGAGCUCAAACGAACUUUCGAACCAGUCUCUGAAAG